UGCAUUGAUUGUUUUGACGUGCGCGGAAAUAGAUGUCUUGGUUUUAUUGCGGUCUGAUAAUUUAACGUCGGUGUUUCUUAUAUUAAUGUUAAAUAACUAUGGCUUAAGUCAUUAUCAGUUAAUAUUGUAAGUAAACACAUUUGAUUUAAUAUAAAAAAUGGCGUUGAGAGACGUCGCUGAAGAGUACUUUCGAACAUUGAACCCACUGGCUGCAAAAAUACAUGAAGAUAUCACUGAAGCUAAAAAUGCAUAUGAAAACAUUUGGGAUACUCUGUCAUAUAAGGAAAAGGCUGAAAUUAUUAAUGAAUCGAUAAUUAAACCUGAUAUCGCUCUGAAGUAUGCUCUACUUGACACAUUAGAGUUUGAUUUAGACAAUCCUCCAGCGAAUAAUGAUGAUUUGAUGUCAUUCUUCGGUAAAGAACAUGCAAUGAAGAUAAUACAAGAUGAAAAUGGUUCCUACCGAGAUGAGCAUUCCGCACCAUUCCUCUAUCAGACGAAAAGUCAGUUGAAUUUGUGUGUUUUAAACGAAAGCAGACAACCAAAGGAGACUAAAUGUACCUCACCGCCUCCGAUACUGUCGGAGCUAGCAUUAUCUCAUUCUAAAGUAGUGAAUGAGUUAAAGAAUGCGUUGAAAUCGCAUGAUGUGUUGAAGAAUUUCAAAGACCCCAAAGAUAGAGAUGUAACUUCACCUACGGGUUUGUUUACGAAGUUUAUAGGAAACUUUAAAUGUAAAGAUGAGGAACGAGAGUGUUUGAUGCCGGGACAGAAUACUCAUAUUGUCGCAUCUUCGGAUAAUUUCUUUAGAACCAAUUUUAAAAGUCCUCAAAAUGAGAAAUAUGAUAAGGAUUAUCGGAACAGUGUUAAAUCAAAUAGUGACUUAUCCGAGGAGAAUCGUGGUCUACUAUCUUCUAGUCAGGCAUCAUCAGGGACCGACUUCCAGUCAACUGAGACCCUCACUGAAGGCACCAGUCUACCGAAGACGGGAUACGAUUUCUUGGACAACUGGUAAUUCAGCUCGAUGGUAAUUCUUCUAGAAGUUGCAGUUAGAAGACAAUUAUGCUAUUUUUAUGUAUACAUUACAUGUAUACAUUGUCUCGACAUUUAGAGCGUGCGCACACCGUUGACUAAACUAUCGCAAAACUGUUCGAUUGUCUAUUGUUUUGCAGCCAAUUCAACUAUUUAGUUGCUCUACUAAGUAGUGAGUAGUGUAACCUCCUUAUACGCUCAUAGGAAUCAAAACGGUCAACAGUUGUGCGAAUAGAUGUUUUCAGGGGAUAUCCCAGUCCCCUACCAAACCAAAGCCACUAAAAACUCUGUUUCUAUGACAUUAUUGGUUGUAGAAUUUGUCAAAUAUUUGCUAUUUCAAUCAGAUUUUUAUAGACUGUUCACUAACCAGCCUCUAAAUUAUUAGACUAGCUGUUCCCGUGCGGCUUCAUCCGCAUGAAAUUAUGAAAAUUGUCAAAUUAUCAAUAGCAAAUGUCAAAA